GGAACCAGGUUCGACCUCUACCUUUUCUCUUCAAUAUUAGACCAGACAACACACAGAGAGAAAAGAGAGAAAGGGAGGGGGAGAGAGGGAAAGCGAGUAAACCUGUUUUAGGCAUCCCCAUUUUCUCUCUUUCUCUCUGGUUUUUCUCUAUAUUGAUCUUCGUACAGGUACAGAUCCCUGUAUAACGAAUAUCUGUUUUCCGUCUCGGAGAUUGUAUAUUGUCAAACCCACAUAGCGUAUAGAUACAUAAACACGCAUACAAGUGUCAUUCGUUGAUUCUUUGGAUUUUUUUUGGAGAUAAAGUGAAAAAGAUUCAAAUUGUGAGAUUUUGGGAUUUGGGUUUCGAGUAUUGGAUUGAAUUUUGUUGGCUUGUUGGUUGGAAAUGGCAACCGAGCAACUUUUGGCACUUGUUGAGGAUGUUCUUCAACAACAUGGGGCUCGCUCGAGGGACAUUGAUAUGGCUUCAAGAAAAGCUGAGGAAGCAUCAUUGAGAAGGUAUGAAGCAGCAGGGUGGCUGAGAAAGACUGUUGGAGUUGUUGGAGGUAAAGAUUUGCCGGCUGAGCCCUCUGAAGAAGAAUUCAGGCUGGGUCUGCGUAGUGGAAUUAUCCUUUGUAAUGUUCUAAACAAAGUCAACCCCGGAGCUAUACCAAAGGUAGUUGAGGGUCCAUGUGAUUCUGUUAUCAUUCCGGAUGGGGCAGCUCUAUCUGCAUACCAGUACUUUGAAAAUGUAAGGAACUUCCUUGUAGCAGUGGAGGAAAUGGGGCUUCCUACCUUUGAAGCCUCUGAUUUGGAACAGGGAGGGAAAUCUGCAAGGAUAGUAAAUUGUGUCCUGGCACUUAAAUCAUACAGUGACUGGAAACAAAGUGGUUGUAUUGGGUCAUGGAAAUUUGCUGGAAAUUCGAAACCCCCGACCAGUAAUGGCAGUAGACAAUUUGUACGGAAAAAUUCAGAACCAUUCAUGAAUUCGAUAUCACGGACUAUGUCAUUGGGUGAGAAGUCCAUAGAUAGUUUGUCCAGUGAUCAGUCUUCACAUGAUGAUGUAGGCCAUGACCACAAUGAUGCAGGUGCUCCUCGGUCCUUAGAUAUGCUAGUCCGUGCAGUUCUUGCCAAUAAGAAACAAGAAGAAAUACCGAUUCUUCUGGAAUCUAUGCUGAGUCAAAUUAUGGAGGAGUUUGAGCGUCGAUUAGCAAGUCAAAAUGAGGUGGUGAAAACAACUCCAAAAGAUACAGCUGCAUCUAGCCCCAUUCUGUCUCUUUCAAGAACUUCUUCUAGUGACAUUAAGAUGGAAGAAGAAGUCUCUGCUCCAAUUAGAAGGGAGGAAUGUCUCAAUCAAAAACAUGAUGAUUGCAAUGCGGAAGCAAGCAAACAACUUCAGAAAAUGCAUGUGUUGCUUGAACAACAGCAAAAAGAUGUUCAGGUACUAAAAAGCACAUUUCAUACUACAAAGGAAGGAAUGCAAUUUUUGCAAAUGAGGUACCAAGAGGAGUUCAACAAUCUAGGUAAGCACUUGCAUGGUCUAGCUCAUGCUGCUUCAGGAUAUCAGAAAGUUCUUGAAGAAAAUCGCAAGUUAUAUAAUCAAGUGCAGGACCUGAAAGGAAACAUUAGGGUAUACUGCAGAGUGCGACCCUUCCUGACGGGGAAAGCAAAUUGUUUGAGUACAGUAGAGCACAUAGUGGAAGGGAAUAUCACAAUAACCACCUCAACAAAAUAUGGAAAAGAUGGACGAAAAUCAUUUACUUUCAACAAAGUAUUUGGUCCUAGUGCAACCCAAGAGGAGGUGUUCUCUGACACCCAACCUUUGGUUCGGUCAGUUCUUGAUGGGUAUAAUGUGUGUAUUUUUGCUUACGGUCAAACAGGUUCUGGUAAAACUUUUACUAUGACUGGACCAAAAGAGCUUACAGAGGAGAGCCUAGGUGUAAACUACAGGGCAUUGAGUGACCUAUUUCUGCUCUCACAUCAGAGAAGAGACAUUAUUAGCUAUGAUAUAUCGGUGCAGAUGCUUGAAAUAUACAAUGAGCAAGUUAGGGACCUCCUUGUGACAGAUGGUCUUAACAAGAGACUAGAAAUUCGAAACAGUUCCCAAACUGGAAUUAAUGUACCAGAUGCAAACCUUGUACCUGUAUCAACGACUUCUGAUGUUAUAAAUCUUAUGAACCUUGGGCAACAGAAUCGAGCUGUGAGUGCUACUGCCAUGAAUGAUCGAAGUAGUAGAUCUCACAGCUGCUUGACAGUUCAUGUUCAAGGGAAAGACCUGACAUCUGGAACUGUUCUUCGUGGUUGCAUGCACCUUGUUGAUCUGGCAGGAAGUGAGAGGGUUGACAAAUCUGAGGUUACAGGAGAUAGGUUGAAGGAAGCACAGCAUAUCAACAAGUCUCUUUCUGCUUUAGGAGACGUGAUUUCCUCUCUUGCUCAAAAAAAUUCACAUGUUCCCUAUAGAAAUAGCAAACUCACUCAAUUGCUUCAAGAUUCACUUGGUGGGCAGGCAAAGACACUCAUGUUUGUUCAUAUCAGUCCUGAGGCCGAUGCUGUUGGAGAAACAAUUAGCACCCUUAAAUUUGCUGAACGUGUUGCCUCUGUUGAGCUUGGUGCUGCUCGAGUUAACAAAGAUAGCGCAGAGGUGAAAGAGCUUAAAGAACAGAUUGCUAAUCUUAAGACAGCCCUAGAAAGGAAGGAGGGAGAGUCAGAGCACCUGCCGCAUUCUCAAUUUAGCUCCCCGGAAAGUUCUAUAACGAAGCCUCGAGGGUUUUCUUCUCAUCAUAGUUGGCAUGGUGCGGGAGAUAAGUCCAGCAAUCGUAGGCAUCCUAUGGAUGAUGCUGGUAGCGUAGAGGGUAAGAAGAAAUCUUCAUUGAAACCAAGAAGGCGAAGCUUGGACCCCCAAGAUAUGAUGAACUCACCUCCCUGGCCACCUUUGGGAAGUCCUGCUCUUAGUGGAAAGGAUGACGACAAAGAAUCAGCUAGUUCUGGUGACUGGGUUGAUAAGGUCAUGGUGAACAAACUUGAUAGUUUGAGUAGAGUAGAAAAUCUGGACGGACACUGGGAAGGACUUGAUAACAGACAGUUACCUGAGACGUUUUAUCAGAGUGUCAUGCUAGAUUCUUCGAAGAUAUAUCCAGAACAACCCUAUAAUAGAUACAUGAUGACCAAAAAAGACAACCAAGACUAUGAUGCACAACAAAAUCGGUAUGAGACGGCCAGCACCGACGAUGAGCUUGAAGCUGCAACUCGCGAUUGUUCUGAGCCAGACUAUCUUUGGCAGUCCAAUCUUCCUCGACCUAGUAGCCUGGCUAAUGGGUCUGGACCUAAGACAAAAAAGAGUAAUCUAAGGGCACCAAAGGUCAUCGAAACCCGGAGUUCGAUUCCAUCGUUGAUUCCUCAGCCGUCACGCAAACUACCCAACGGGGUUAGUCAACCUUCACUCAAUACAGAAAACAAGCAAGUUCCUCUAGGUGGGAAGAGGAGAGUUGGACAUGCCAAGUGAUGAGUAAUUUUUAUAAUACUCCAGAAAGUGAUGACCUUUUUUUUCUUCUUAAUUUUUUUUUGUUCUUUUGGUUUCCUCUUGUGUAUCUAUGAUUUAGUUGUAGAUAGAAAGAAUGAGCGAGGGAGAGAAAGUGAGAGAGGAAAGUGGCAACAAUUCUGGUUGUCUUAGUUUUUCUCAGGUGGUGAUCAUAUGGGAUAUAUUUGGUGGGAAUUACUGAUUUUUUUGAGCUUGUUUAUAAGGGUGUGUUGAUUCUUGUGAUUCUAUUUUCUUUCCCAUGUUUACAAAAGAAGGAAAGAAAGAAAAGAAGUUCAAAGUGAAAGGAAAUUUUUUUUGGAGAAGUUGAAGCAGUAGUUC